AUGAAGUACCUCGAUUACCCGGAGCUCGAACUGCUCUCGCGUGCACUCACCUUCGAGUCGGCCGAGUGCCGCGUAUUUACGCGCCUCGAGGCCUACUCAUGCAAGGCCGUCUCCAAGGAGCGCAAGCUGAUGAAGGAGCUCGAAGAUGCCUCAAACCACGAACACCACGGGCCCGUAUCCACUUCCUUGGAGGACCCGCGCACCCAGUUUACCGGCGCCUUCGCGCCGCUCGACUCCCCUUUCGGGCGUUUAAACGACCCACAGGCGCGCAAGAAGCUCUUCCUGCUCAUCACUGCGCUCAACGCCGCGUUCCCCGACCACGAUUUCAGCCUAAUCAACCCAGCCGACUUUCGCCGUGAGGAGAACCCCGCCGCUGUGCUCAACUCCCUCAGCACCACCUUGCUCAACCUCCGCGGCGGCAGCGGCACGCCCCGCAGCGUGUUAUGGGCGACGUACGCAUUCUUCUACAAUCGCCGCCUCAAGCGCAUCCUUUUUGUCAAUGUC